UAUAGAGCAUGGUUUAGUUGUCAAUUUAAGUGGAUCUUAUAAUAUAUCAAGGAGAUUAUGUGACCCCUUGGUCAUAUGAUAACAUUUUGAUUGCAAUAACAAUACGUCCCUCCUUUUGUGCUAUCUACAUGCUAACUAAACAUACAGAUAGCGAAAGUAUGCCAUCAGUUUGUCAUCAUUUGGACUUUAACUCAUUCACACAUGUGGAUUGUAAAUAUGGCUACUCGUACAACGUUUUCUAUAUUGGCAGUUUUGAUAAGCGUCUUUUUGUAUUUUUACUUGGACGCUCAUGUACCGGAACCAUUCCCACAAAAAUUUAAACUGAAAAUAAUGGAUGCUUUUAUGAAAACAUACGUACACCUUAUAUCUGGUAUGACCUCAUUAGGACUGAUCGAAUAUUUUUCUCCAGCCGACAGGAAGAUAGCUGAUUGGUUUAUACUCACUAUGACGACAGGUUUCCCAUGGGGUUCCGGUGUAGAUUCCAGACUGCAAAUAACCGAUACAAAAAUUCGUGAUGUGAGAGUAAAGAUAUACCAGCCAGCAAAUAGCCUGGGUAAAAAGAAUCGACCUGUACUUGUGUAUUUUCACGGCGGAGGAUGGAGCUUACUUUCGGCUGAUUGUUAUGACCCAAUAAUGAGGAAGAUCUCUCGGGAAAGCGAGGUUGUUGUUAUAUCUGUUGACUACAGACUCAGUCCACAGCAUCCUUUUCCAGUACCCCUUAACGAUUGCUUUGAUGUAGUGGAGUAUGUCUUAGAUAACAGUGACACGCUAGGUGUUGAUUCUUCACGAGUUGCUAUAGGAGGCGACAGCGCUGGAGGAAACAUGGCGGCAGCAAUAUCCCUUCGACUUCAAAGACGGAUAGCUUUACAACUUGUGCUUGUACCGGUUUUGCAAAUUAUUAAUUGGCAAACAACAGGAUUUAUGGAAAAUGUCCUUUACCUAAACAAGAGUAUAAACUCUCCUAAUUCUUUGGUUUUUCUCACAAACUACCUCAACUUAUCACCCGAAUACGCACACCAAUUUUUGAUAAACAACCACACAUCACCUGAAUUCAAAAAAUCUAAAUAUUUUGACAGCGUCGAUCAGAAAAAAUGGAUGCCAAAAAAGUACGUCCGGACGAAGGACUUAUGGGAAAAUAUUGAAUAUAAGAAAGAUUUUGGAAAUGCAGAAUUAUUUAAAAAAGUAGAAGGAUAUCUUAAAGAACCUUUAAUUUCACCAUUGAUAGCUGAUGACGAAACUUUAUUAGGACUUCCGUUUACUUACAUCAUGACAUGUGGAUAUGAUUUCAUACGUGAUGACGGUAUAAUGUUUCACGAGAAGCUGAAAUAUUUAAAUGUAAAAACAGAACUGGCUCAUUAUCCUGAAGGAUUUCACAAUGCUCUAAUGUUUCCGCAUGGGCCUCUAAAAAUGGACAUUGGUGUUAAAAUAAUUGCAGACAUUGUACGAAUUUUGAAAAAUAAGCUUUAAUAAGUGUAUGACAAAUAUCUUAGUUUAUGCUUGAUAAUUAGGGCCCCGCCGAAUAACGGGUCGCCCUAUAGUGAUCAGUCUGUCCGUCCGUCCGUAACAAAAUUGUGUCCACUCUAUAUCUAGAGAACCGUUAUAAUCUCAUACUUAAUACUUGACAUGUAUAUUAACCAACACCAGAGGGUGUUUCAUAAUGUUUGUACAACUUUCGAUAGCUAGGUCAAAGGUAAAGGUCAAAAACUUUGGUUUCAGUUGACAACCCCAUGUCCUAUGGUAAAGAUCGUAUCCGCUCUUUAUCUUGAGAACCGUUACGAUUUCAAAGUUUAUACUUGACAUGUAUAUAAACCAACAACAGAGGGUGUGUCAUAAUGUAUGUACAACUUCCUAGGUCAAAGGUAAAGGUCAAAAACUUUGAUUUCAGUUGACAACCCCGUGUCCUAUGGUAAAGAUCGUGUCCGCUCUAUAUCUUGAGAACCGUUAUGAUUUCAAAGGUUAUACUUGACAUGUAUAUUAACCAACACCAGAGGGUGUGUCAUAAUGUAUGUACAACUUUCUAGGUCAAAGGUUAAGGUCAAAAACUAUGGUUUCAGUUGACAACCCCAUGUCCUAUGGUACAGAUACAAAUUUUACUUUCGUUUCAGUUGAAAACCCCAUAUUCUAUGGUAAAGAUCGUGUCCGCUCUAUAUCUUGAGAACCGUUAUGAUUUCAAAGUUUAUACUUGACAUGUAUAUUAACCAACACCAGAUAGUGUGUCAUAAUGUAUAUACAACUUCCUAGGUCAAAGGUCAAGGUCAAAAACUAUAGUUUCAGUUGACAACCCCAUGUCCUAUGGUAAAGAUACAUUUUUUUACCACACGUUAUUCACAGCGGGGCCCACAGAGGUGGCUCCCAUCUCAAUGAUGUCUAGUUAAAACUGUCACUGCAUUGGAAUAAAUAUUUUUGUCUAGUUGAUUAUUAUAUAACAAUUACGUUUGAUUCACUUGUGUGUAUUUGUCAGAAUGCUUAUACAUCACGAGACACACAGCCAUAAGGGCCUUCUUUUGAGAAAGAAGGACAAACUAAAAGCAAUGUUUAUAAAGAUAGAUAAGAAUGGAAAUGGUCUGAUCAGAUAAAGCGUAAUUCGUCAGUUUCCUUAAAGGUCUUUGACUCAAUAUGUCAGAAAAAGAAAGCAAUUUAGUUUUUAAUACCGUAGACACCAACAAAAAAAAAUCGAAGAGAUUGCGUUUGAACAUUUCUUGUAUUAUUUUUGUAAACAUAUAAUGGACGAAACGGAAACUGAAGAAUGCGUCAACGCGAUGCGAAAGGCAUUCCUAGAGGCAAGGGACACUUAACUUUGAAUUUACAGAGUUAUUUUGAGAAAAGAACAGAUCUGCGAGAAUGACAUUUUUGAAGUCAUUUGUAAACAUUACAACAGAUGAAAUUGCUUUCAACGAUUUUGAACAAUUAAUGCAAUUUAUGACGAUAUAUAAAACCUAUAUCAACUCCUUUUUUUUUUGUAUAUGCUGAUAACCGAAACGAUUUUUAUGGAAGGGGUAAUGUUUGAAUCAAAUACUACGUUAUGGCAAGCCGUUCUCGUCAAAACUAUGUUUAAAACAAUUUUUCGAAAAAUUUACACACUGAGAAUUAAAAAUAAACACACUGAGAUUAAAAAACCUAAAAACACACACUGAAUAUUAAAAUUUACACACUGAGAUUUCAUAAAAACGCACUGAGAUUACAAAAAAUGAAAAACACACAC